GCGGAAUUCCCUCCCCACCCCCCGACCGUGGGAGCGGCGGCGCAAACUGUUCCGAUUCCCGAGUCAGGCUCUGCAUCCAUGGAGCGAGCCGACGGGCCGAGUUCAGAACUUGCUAAGGCCAUCAAACCUAUCGAUCGGAAGUCAGUCCAUCAGAUUUGUUCUGGGCAAGUGGUUCUUAGUCUAAGCACUGCUGUGAAGGAGUUGGUAGAAAAUAGUGUGGAUGCCAGUGCCACUAACAUUGAGCUCAGGCUUAAAGACUAUGGCGUGGAGCUCAUUGAAGUUUCAGACAAUGGAUGCGGGGUAGAAGAAGAAAACUUUGAAGGCUUAACUCUGAAGCAUCACACUUCUAAGAUUCAGGAGUUUGCUGACCUCACUCAGGUUGAAACUUUUGGCUUUCGGGGGGAAGCUCUGAGCUCACUCUGUGCACUGAGUGAUGUAACUAUUUCCACCUGCCACACAUCUGCGAAGGUUGGGACUCGACUGGUGUUUGAUCACAAUGGAAAAAUCCGCCAGAAAACCCCCUACCCACGACCCAGAGGGACGACAGUCAGCGUACAGCAGUUAUUUUAUACGCUACCUGUGCGCCAUAAGGAGUUUCAAAGGAAUAUUAAAAAGGAGUUCUCCAAAAUGGUCCAGGUCUUACACGCCUACUGUAUCAUUUCAGCGGGCGUCCGUGUAAGUUGCACCAAUCAGAUUGGACAGGGUAAGAGGCAGCCUGUGGUGUGUACCAGUGGAGGCUCCAGCAUGAAGGAAAAUAUCGGAUCUGUAUUUGGGCAGAAACAGUUGCAAAGCCUCAUCCCUUUCGUGCAGCUGCCCCCUAGUGACACUGUCUGUGAAGAAUACGGGCUGAGCUCUUCCCAGGCUCUGCAUAACCUGUUUUGUAUCUCAGGUUUUAUUUCUCAAUGUGCUCACGGCGUGGGAAGAAGUUCAACGGACAGACAGUUUUUCUUUAUCAAUCGGCGGCCUUGUGACCCAGCAAAGGUUUCCAGACUUGUUAAUGAGGUCUAUCACAUGUAUAACCGGCAUCAGUAUCCAUUUGUUGUUCUUAACAUUUCUGUUGAUUUGGAAUGUGUCGACAUCAACGUUACUCCAGAUAAAAGGCAAAUUUUACUACAGGAGGAGAAGCUUUUGUUGGCAGUUUUAAAGACGUCUUUGAUAGGAAUGUUCGAUAAUGAUGUUAACAAACUCAACGUCAGUCAGCAGCCGCUGUUUGAUGUCGAAGGUCACUUAAUAAAAAGGCAUUCGGCAGAGGUGGAGAAGCCCGUGCCAGAAAAGCAGGAUGAUCCCGCCCCGUUAAGGACUCGCGGGGAAGAGAAAAGGGCAGUGACGAUUUCCAGACUGAGAGAGGCCUUUUCCCUUCGUCACACAGUGGAGAACAAGUCUCGGGGCCCGAAGGCCACCGACCCAAGACGGAUUUCUCCACGACAGAAAAGCAGCACCCCAUUUCGUAGCACUUCAGGGCCCCUCUGCUCCCGGAAGCACAUCUCUGAACCUCGGGAGGAAGGGAUGACUUCCACUCAGGGGCCCUGUGACCCGAUGGGCAGAGUGGAAAUGGAGGAGGGCUGGGGGCACAGCAGCGCAUCUGCCGGCUCUGAGGAGGGGUCCAGCACCCCAAAAACGGGCAGCCACCCCAGCAGUGACCAUGUGGCAAGCUCCCCCAAAGAUGGGUUUUCGCAAGAAAAUGUGGAGUCUUUGGAGAAGUUACCUGAAACUGACCAUCGUCUUUCGGGCACGAAUUGCCACUUAGACUACGAAGAAAGCGGCUCCCGACCUAGAGUUUUGCUGCAGCCUACUCAUCUCUCAUCCCCAAACGCAAAACGUUUUAAAAAAGAAGGGGUUCCUUUAAAUCCCGAUGUCCCUCCGGAGUCCGUGAAAACUCAGAACGCUUCAGCGUACGAGGUGGAUGUAGCUGUUGAAAUCAACAAGAAAAUAGUGCCCCUUGACUUUUCUCUGAGUUCUCUAGCCAAACGAAUAAAGCAGUUAUGUCAGCAAGAACAGCAACGAGAAGGUGGACAAAAUUAUAGGAAGUUUCGGGCAAAGAUUUGCCCUGGAGAAAAUCAAGCUGCAGAAGAUGAACUAAGAAAAGAGAUAAGCAAAACAAUGUUUGCAGAAAUGGAAAUCAUUGGUCAGUUUAACUUGGGAUUUAUCAUCACCAAACUGAAUGCGGAUAUCUUCAUAGUGGACCAGCACGCCACGGAUGAGAAAUACAACUUCGAGAUGCUUCAACAGCACACUGUUCUCCAGGGUCAAAGGCUUAUAGCACCUCAGACUCUCAACUUAACGGCUGUCAAUGAAGCAGUUCUAAUAGAAAAUCUGGAAAUAUUCAGAAAGAAUGGCUUUGACUUUGUUAUCGAUGAAGACGCGCCGGUCACUGAAAGAGCUAAAUUGAUUUCCUUGCCAACUAGUAAAAGCUGGACCUUUGGACCCCAGGACAUAGAUGAACUGAUCUUCAUGCUGAGCGACAGCCCCGGUGUCAUGUGCCGGCCUUCCCGGGUCAGGCAGAUGUUUGCCUCCAGGGCCUGUCGGAAGUCUGUGAUGAUUGGAACUGCUCUUAACACAAGUGAGAUGAAGAAACUCAUCACUCACAUGGGGGAGAUGGACCAUCCCUGGAACUGUCCCCAUGGAAGGCCCACCAUGAGACACAUUGCCAAUCUGGACAUCAUUUCUCAAAACUGACAACAUUUCUCAUUUUAAAGAGCUAUUGAUCUUAUUGCAGAUUUUUCUGUUUUGCAAGGCAGGGUUUUAAGUAACCAUUUUGGGGGUUUGUUUCUAAAUGAACCUGCUACUUAAAAAUGCAUCAGAUCCGUUUAGAAAUGAUCUUGAGAACUUUUUCAUUCCAUAUGGAGCAUUGCUUGCAACAUUUUUUGUUUCACAUUUGAACAUACGUGUGUGUGUGUGUGUGUGUGCGUGGUGUGUAGCCGCAAGAGCAUAUGUUUUACAAAAAGAGAGCACUUUGGAAGUCACCUAGACCUCUGCUCUGGCCCGACGUAUUUUAGCCUGCCACUUUCAGCUCUUAAUGAUGAUUAAAUCCGUAAUGGUUUAACUUCAUAAAUUGAAAAUUAUGAUCCUUUUGAGUUAGUCAUUCUCAACCCUGAUGCAUAUUAAAUUUAGAAGAUAAUCCAAAAAAACUCAAGGGAUAUACUUUGUCCAGCUGGAAGAAAUCGACCAGGUGGGGUGAUGUCUCUUUUGUUUUUGUUUUUUUGUUUUUGGUUGCGCCGCGCUGCUUGCGGGAUCUCAGUUCCCUGAUCAGGGAUUGAACCCAGACCACGGCAGCAAAAGCGUGGAAUCCUAACCAGGAGGCCACCAGGGCACUCCUGGGGGUCUCUAUUUUUAAAUGUUCCCCGCUGCAGCCAGGGUGGCAAAGAGCGUUGUAGGCAAGGGGAAAUAAAAGACUGAUUUUUCUGUAA